CUAAUCCAGAUCAAAUGAUAUACUCAUUUUACCACUAAGAUUGAAAGAAAAAUGGCAGAAACUAAACAAACAAACCUUUACGACCUCAUCCACAUAACCCCAAAUUCCGACGGAACAUUCACUCGUUCACCGGAGUUUUACCCCAUUGUACCUCCCGAAACCAACGCACUUUCUAUCUCCAAAGAUGUCCCUCUUAACCCUGAUAAAUCCACCUGGGUUCGAAUCUUCCUACCUCGACAAUCAAAUAAAGAUAAGAAACUUCAUAUUGUGGUUUACGUUCAUGGCGGCGGGUUUGUCGUUGGCAGCGCAGCUAACCCGAACUACCAAGAUUUUUGCUCUUACGCGGCGAGUCAACUCGGUGCGUUGGUUGUCUCGGUUGAGUAUCGACUCGCUCCAGAGCACCGUCUUCCUGCUGCGUACGACGACGUUUUGGAGGCGUUGAGUUGGGUUAAAGAUGGUAAAGAUGAGUGGGUAAAAGAGUAUGGUGAUAUUUCAAGUUGUAUUUUGAUGGGGGAUAGUGCAGGGGGUAAUAUUGUCUUUCAAUCAGGAUUAAUGGCAGCCGUUAAGAUUGAUGAUUUUAAACCAUUGAAUAUUAAGGGGUUGGUUUUGAUCCAACCGUUUUUUAGUGGGUUGGAUCGGACCGGGUCCGAGUUGCGGUUAGUAAAUGACCCGGUUUUGAGCCUUGUAGUUAAUGAUUUCUUUUGGGAGCUCUCUUUACCCGUUGGGGCGAACCGGGGUCAUGAGUAUUCUGACCCGAUUAAAGGUGGUGGUUCGGGUUCGUUGGAUUGGGUUCGGGAUUUGGGUUGGCGGGUUUGGGUGGUUAGUAGUGAUGGUGACCCGCUUUAUGAUCGGAGUGUGGAGUUGGUGAAAUUGAUGGAGAAAAGAGGGUUGUGUGUGAAAAAUAUGUUUUAUGAAGGAGGUCAGCAUGGAAUGUUUGUGGGUAAUCCCUCUACGUACAAGGCAAAGGAAUUGGUAGAUUUUGUGGUUGGUAUUUUCACGUAAAAGGCUCAUUUGGGUUUGGGUUAGUAGGUUAUUAUAUUUGUUCACAUGAUAUCUCUAAGUUGCGUCCCCGUGAGUUGUGAAAAUGGGAUGUGAUUUGCAAUCAAGUGAAAAUUCUUCUCUUAUUCAUCUAAAACCAUGAUGUGUAAUAUAUACUCUCAAGUCUAGCUAGAUAUUUAUUAUAUGUUUGUGUGUGGUUCUAUUAUCAUACAUUCAUACUGUCUUUUGAUAAAUAAAGAUUAAAUAUGUACUUUAUGUUUUAAAAAAAUU